CAUCCUAAUAUAGGGCACAUAUAAUAUUUCUCUUUUCGCCGGCCCACUCUGUCUUCAACCCCACCGUCACAGGGGGAAGAAGGUGUCAAAACGGAUAGACCGCACGUUCCUGUUCAGUGCCCUUGCAGGACCCGCUUGCAAAAAGGGCGGGUGACUCCGCGCACAGGCGGUCGCCUGCCUUCUGCCAGCCUCCCCCGUAAACAACCUAAUAAAAAGGAAGAAGCAUUUUCCUCAACCCAUCCCUCCUCAAGGGCGGGUGCCUCCGCAGGUAACCUUGCCGCAAGGGGUUGCCCGCCGCCGCCGCCGGCUUCUGCGGUCCUCUUGUCGGCCGGUCGGGAAGCGACCCACAUCUUCCGUAUUGGGUCGGGCGGGGUGUGUUGGUUUACGUCGCAGCCGGCAGGAAGGUGGGUCUUUUCGUGCCGGCUGGUGAAGGAGGGAAAGCAGGAUUUCCCCUUCCUCCUGAGGAGUCCAAAGGAUUCCCUCGCCACCCGAGGUACCGCCGUCGUCCUGGAAGGAUGGGGACCGGGGAAAAGGAUGCCUGUUGCCAGCAAGAUUUACUCUCCAGUUUGCUGAUGGAUAAACGAGCUGCAAGUAUUAACAGCUGCUAGGGAAAUAUAAGCUCCUCCUAGCAACCACACUUUUUGCCUUGAAGAAUUGUGACAGCAUUGAAGAUGAGGAGCAGGAGCAACUCUGGAGUCCGUUUGGAUGGCUAUGCUCGUCUUGUUCAGCAAACCAUUUUGAAUCAUCAGAACCCAGUCACGGGACUCCUGUCUGCCAGCACGGAGCAAAAGGAUGCUUGGGUUCGGGAUAAUGUAUAUAGCAUUUUGGCUGUGUGGGGCCUAGGAAUGGCCUACAGAAAGAAUGCAGACCGGGAUGAAGAUAAAGCUAAAGCAUAUGAAUUAGAGCAGAAUGUAGUGAAACUGAUGCGGGGACUUCUACAAUGUAUGAUGCGACAGGAUGCUCUUUCAAGGGUCAGUACUGACUCCCUUCUGUUGAGACUCAGUCUGCACUGGGGAUUACGUAUUAUAUUCACCCUCGAUGAAGUUUCCUUCAUACAGAAUCUAGUGUUUUAUAUAGAGGCUGCCUACAAAGUUGCUGAUUAUGGAAUGUGGGAACGUGGAGAUAAGACCAAUCAAGGUAUCCCUGAACUGAAUGCAAGCUCUGUGGGAAUGGCAAAAGCUGCACUGGAAGCAAUUGAUGAGCUGGACCUCUUUGGAGCUGGUGGAGGACAUAAAUCAGUGAUUCAUGUCCUUCCAGAUGAAGUUGAACAUUGUCAGUCUAUUUUGUAUUCCAUGUUGCCAAGGGCAUCUACAUCAAAAGAGAUUGAUGCUGGACUUUUGUCUAUCAUUUCUUAUCCAGCCUUUGCCGUAGAGGAUAUGAAUGUUGUUAAUGCAACAAAAAAUGAAAUUAUCACCAAACUGCAAGGACGGUAUGGUUGCUGUCGUUUCCUUCGAGAUGGCUAUAAAACACCAAGAGAGGAUCCAAAUAGAUUGCACUAUGAUCCUGCUGAACUCAAGUUAUUUGAGAACAUAGAAUGCGAGUGGCCUGUAUUCUGGACAUAUUUCCUAAUUGAUGGUGUGUUCAAUGGGGACAGAAUUCAGGUGCAAGAGUACAGAGAAGCCUUGGAGGGGAUACUCAUUAGAAAAAAGAAUGGGAUUCUUUUGAUGCCAGAAUUGUACGCUGUUCCAUCAGAUAAGGUGAAUGAAGAAUAUGAGAAUCCUCACACAGUGGACCGUGUCCCAGCUGGAAAGCUUCCUCAUCUCUGGGGUCAAUCAUUAUACAUUCUGAGUGCCCUCUUAGCAGAGGGGUUUUUGGCACCUGGUGAAAUUGAUCCCUUAAACAGAAGAUUUUCAACUGCUUUUAAGCCUGAUGUUGUAGUUCAAGUAAAUGUCCUAGCAGAGACAAAUGAAAUUAAGAAACUCUUGAGACAUCAUGGAAUCAAUGUUCAGAGCAUUGCUGACAUUAAUCCUACCAGAGUGCAGCCAGCCCGGAUCCUGAGCAAUCUAUAUGCCAAGCUUGGACGCAACAGGAACAUGAAACUCAGUGGAAGACCUUACAGACAUAUUGGCGUCCUGGGAACAUCCAAACUAUAUGUAAUAAGAAAUCAAAUAUUUACUUUUACUCCACAGUUUACGGAUCAGCAUCACUUUUACUUGGCUUUAGACAAUCGCAUGGUUGUGGAGAUGCUAAGGACGGAAUUGGCCUAUCUUACCUCCUGCUGGAGGAUGACAGGAAGACCAACGCUCACUUUCCCAAUCACCAAUACAAUGCUUGUGGAUGAUGGGUCUGAUGUCGAUCCAGCCAUUCUUGCCACUAUAAGAAAACUUGGGGAUGGAUACUUCGGAGGGGCCAGAGUGAAGUUGGGCAAAUUUUCAGACUUUCUGACCACUUCGUUCUACACAAACCUCAGUUUUCUGGAUCCUGAUUGUAAUGGAAGGCUGUUCGAUGAUGGCAGUGAAGGUUAUUCUAGCCCAGAAAGUGGCUAUGAACUAGACUAUUAUGGAGACUUUUGUGACAAAGAAAGCCAGGAUGAACUGGACCAGUACAUAAAUAAUCUGUUGCAGAGCACUGCUCUUAAGUCACAUUUACCUCCUGUAUCAAAAACCAAGGGUUCAUCCACCGUAUUCAGUGCUGCUCAUUCCACUAGAGAAAUACUGUCCAUCAUGGCCAAGACAAAGGGAUUAGAAGUUCCAAAUGUUUCAAUGUCUUUACCUACAAAGGUUUUAAAUACUCACCGGAAAUCUCUGAACCUUGUAGACACUCCACGUGCUGUGAUGGACAAGGAGCUAGAGACUGUUCUGCAUUUACCCAAGGAUGCUCAUGGUGAUUUGGACUGUGAGAAAUUAGUUGAACAGCUAAAGGAAUGCCCUACUUUGCAUGACCAGGCGGAUAUAUUAUACAUCUUGUACCUAAUAAAAGGCCUAGACUGGGAAACACAGCUCUAUGGUCAAUGUGGGGUCACAGUACAUUGCCUCCUGAAUGAGCUCUACAGCAAAGCAGGUCUGAACCAAGAAUGGGGAUUGAUCCGCUACAUCUCUGGUAUACUCAAAAAAAGAGUGGAAGUUCUCUCUGAGGCAUGUACAGAUCUUUUGUCACACCAGAAGCAACUUACAGUUGGUCUUCCUCCUGAACCUCGGGAGAAAACAAUUACAGCGCCUUUACCACCUGAGGAACUGACAAAGCUAAUCUAUGAAGCCAGUGGCGAAGAUAUCAGCAUUGCAGUUCUUACACAGGAAAUCAUGGUCUACUUGGCAAUGUAUGUCCGCUCCCAGCCCAGUCUAUUUGCGGAAAUGCUUCGUCUCCGCAUUGGACUUAUUAUUCAAGUGAUGGCCACAGAACUGGCUCGCAGCUUGAAUUGUUCAGGUGAAGAAGCCUCUGAAAGUUUAAUGAAUCUAAGCCCCUUUGAUAUGAAAAAUCUCCUUCAUCAUAUUCUCAGCGGGAAGGAAUUUGGAGUCGAAAGGAGCAUGCGUCCUCUUGAUUCAUGUACAUCAAGCCCAGCUAUAUCCAUUCAUGAAGUGGGUCAUACAGGAGCAACUAAAACCGAAAGAUGUGGCAUUAAUAGGCUGAAGAGUGAGAUGAAACAGAGGAGUAGGCGACCAAGUAGUGAUCAGAGGUGCAGCAGCCCAUCUUCUCCGACCAGCACCUCCUCCCUUCCAGGUUCCACCGGACACAGUAUCAGUUGGGGCGAUCGACAAGGCCAGUGGCUUCGCAGGAGGCGGCUUGAUGGUGCUAUUAACAGAGUCCCUGUGGGUUUCUACCCGAAAGUAUGGAAGAUCCUUCAGAAGUGUCACGGUCUAUCCAUCGAUGGCUAUGUUCUUCCUUCUUCAACAACAAGGGAGAUGACUGCAUGUGAAAUCAAGUUUGCUGUCCACGUGGAGUCAGUGCUGAAUCAUGUACCCCAGCCAGAAUACAGGCAGCUGCUGGUGGAGGCUAUCCUUGUCCUUACACUGUUGUCAGAAAUAGAGGUGAACAGCAUUGGGGGUAUCAUUCAUGUGGAUCGCAUCGUGCACACAGCCAAUGAUCUCUUCCUUCAGGAACAGAAGGCGCUUGGUGCAACUGAUGGCUACUUGGAGCAAGACCUAGGCACAGGGAUCUGCUACUUUUUCUAUGACAGUGCCCCUAGUGGGGCUUAUGGGACAAUGACUUACCUAACAAAAGCGGUGGCGAGUUACCUGCAAGAAUUCCUUCCAAGCACAGGCUGCCUGAUGCAAUAAGUUGUAUGAUAUGCCAGAAUCUGGUGGUUGGUUUUAAAAAAACACUUCUUCUCAUGCCAUCCUUCUGGAAUUGCUCACCCACCCUUAAUUACUCUACAUCACCCCUCACUCUACCUCAACACUGUGUGCAUGAUUUGACCAUUUAGAGAGAGCAUGGGCAUAGAGGCAAGGCCCAGGGCAUUAUUGUAAACAAUGCUCCUCUUGGUGAUAUGGAUUUGCUCAGACUCAGGUACUUGAAAUGACAGUUUGUGUUAUGGGUACAACAGAAUUAAUAGGAAGACUACCUUUGAGGUUAUUCUUAAUUUUAAUGAAGAGCAGGGCCUCUUAUCACAGUCAUUUAAAUUUCAUGGUAAUUUUAAUAUAAAUAUAACAGUGCUUGUUUUUAGGUGGCAUCUCCAGACCAUUUGGUAAUAAACUGGGUAGAAUUCUCCCCCAACACCAGUGAUGAAGAGGAGGAAGCCAGUCCAGCCUCUUGCCAUUUUAAUUUGCCAUUUUCAUUGAGAAGACCACUUGUGAGUUGGAAAGAUGCAGGGAAGGAAAUGGAAAUUCAUAUUUAAUGUGAGGUGUCUGAAGCAGUCAAAUUUAAAUUCCAUACAAAGAGAAAGGAAAAGAUACUUCUAGCCAAGAAAGUCCUGUGCAAAAAUUGGCCCCAAAUUGGCUACCUGUAAUUUGAAACACUUACUAAAUACUAUUGGUAUUUUUACUUUGGAUUCAUGUUGCAAAUAUGUGCUAGGAAGGCAUGGCCAAUCAUAAUGGUGCAUGUACAGGUUGUAAAAACUGUACAUACAUUUGACAGACCUGGAAAUCUUUCGGUGGUUUUCAUAUUGAUUUGUGAACGUAUGGAAAUCUAGUAAAACUUUAGAGGAAUAAUUGAAAAUGGGCUUUUAUAGAGGAUUUCAAAAAUUUAAACAUUUUUGAAUUUUUUCAUAUAUAAUGCAAUUAAACAUUCACACGAGCACACCAUAUCAUUUUUGAGACUAUUUCAAAGUGCAGCUUGGGGAACUCCAUGUUUGAAUGCUUAGCCAUACUACAAAGUCCCUGCCAGUUGAAAGAUAGCACAACAGGUAUAAAGGACUUGUUAUCCUUUAUGUUGUAAGCCGCCUAGAGUGGUCAAAAUGACUAGAUAGGCAGGGUAUAAA